AGAAAUCGUAUUAAGUAAGUGCUGUAUGAGCCUUCGCCUACAAAUUUUAAGGAGUUAAUUAAUUAAUUUAAUUAAGUUUAAGCUCAGCACCACCACGUCCACACACUUCACACACAGAAAUUUUAGGAAUGGCAGGAAAAACACAGGUCACAGGUUUUUAAUAAUCAUAAUAAUAUUCAUAAUAUUAUUAAUAUAUGUAUAUGAACUUCUAUACUAUUCUAUAGUCUAAUAAAAGUUUGUUAGUGUUACUGUUAGUUAAUAAGGUACUUCAAUUUUAAUUCACCGCAAAAAUUAUCAUUACUGCUAUUCUAUGGCUAUAUGCAGUUAUAUCCGGUUUAAUAAAUACAACUGCUUCUGUAGACACCAUGAAUUAUUUGACAAUUUCUGCAUUAGUUCACAAAGAAGUCAGUUUUAUUAUUUAUCUUGUUUCUACAACAACACAGUAUUGUACAUGCUGUCAGACGAUGUGCUAACAACCACAACGGUAACGAAAUGCCAAUACUCAACACAUCAAGCAUACGUGGAAAUUGGCAAAAGAAAGAAACAAUGGCACUCACAGACAUAUGCUCGAUUCUUAUAUGUGUGGGUUCAUUUGGCAUCGACGUGUUAAAGUUAAAGCAAAUGAUUUGAAUUUAUUCAACGCCAUUCUAGGCGAUAUUGUUCAAAUUUGGCCACCACAAAAAGCGGAGGACUUUAAAAGAAGUAAAAAAUAUGUUUUAGUGCAAAAGAAAAUUUUUUUAUUGGAAGUGUGAAGUGUUUUAAUGGAAAUGUGAAAUAGUAUAUAAUGUACAACAAUUUUUGAGUUGAAUUAAACGGUUUUUUUUUAACGAAAAUUUGUUUUAUUGGAAAUGUAAAUAAUAAUAAUUUUUGCAGUGAAUUAAAAUUGAAGUACCGUUAAUAAUAAUGGCUUAUUUUUAACAGUUCUACUAUUAGUGUUAUUAGAAUUUAAGCCCAGGCCUAGACCAAUUAACUUAAAGUAAUUUUUUCAAUUUAAUCUUGUGUUACCGGUACAUGAUGAGAGUCACACUGUGGCCGUGGCUAGUGGCGCUUAACAAUUACAAUUACAACAUUAAGAAAUCAAUCUCUUACUAUUUAAUGCAGUACAGGGUAUACAUAAUCAAUGGUAGUCCACUGACCACUCUAUUAAAAAUUUUAUUUGGUUGUUGAUGCCAAAACCUUAUUUGGAAAUUGUUCCCAUUUUUGAUUAUUGGCAAUUUUAAUGAUUAAUGACUUCUUGAUUUUUUAAAUUAAUGUUAAGAGCUAAGGGGCCAUCCAUAUACAUUAUGUAACCACUGAGGGCAUGUUAUUUUGUAGAUAAUGCAUACAGACUUUGGACCCCCACAAAUUUCAAAAUAAUUAUAUCAAUUUCCACCCUAAGUGGGCACUGCCUCAAUUGAUUUACUCAGCCUCAGCAUGGCCCUGCCAAUAACAUAUGACAAGGUAGGGUGGGUUUCAGCAGAUCAGAUAUUAUGUAGGCCUAUAUUUAUGCUCAAAUUCUGCAAGAAUUAUCUUGAAAGUCUAAUAGUCCAUAAAAGCCUAUUUAUACCUCUAAUAAAACCAUCUCUUACCUAAAACAUCUGUGAAAGCCAUGAUUUUUUUUAAGGCUAUAAAAAAUAUCUCGGCAAUCUUUCAUAAUUAUAAUCAAACUUUUCCUUUGUGCUUCUACAAGAGAACACUAGUAGCAACAUUUAGCCCAGCAUUCGCAUUUUUUAGACAAUAUAGUGCUACUGGGUAGAAACGGUAAUGACAUAAUUAAAGCAUUCAGGGAACUUGAAAGGCCUCAGUCAAGGCUGGUCUUGAUAUAAAUGAACCGAAAUAAACAACCACAAAUUUGAGAGUGGCUACAUUCAAAUAUCUAGGGGCAACUAUAAACGAGCACAAUGAAAUAAUUUGGGAGGUGAAAGAAAGGAUAGCAGCAGGCAACCGUUCCUAUUUCAACCUACAAAAGCUACUGGGAAGCAAAAACCUCUUAAGGGGAACAAAAAAGACAAUAUACACUACUAUCAUAAGACCAGUAGUAACUUACGCUAGUGAGGCUUGGACCCUUACCAAAAAAGCAGAGAACCUUCUCAAUUCAUGGGAGAGGAAAAUCCUCAGAAAAAUAUACAGCCUAAUGAUGGAAAAUGAUAUCUGGAGAAUCCGUGCAAACCAAGAGCUAUACGAAUUGUACAAAGACCCACCCAUAGUCACAACAAUAAAAAAAGGCAGACUGCGCUCUGCAGGACAUUUUGAAAGGAUGCCGGAAUGUAGAGCAGCAAAGGUGAUUUACAGGCAGAAACCUAGGGGCAGACGAUUCACUGGUCACACAAGGCUGAGAUGGAUCGACAAUGUGAAGAGGGAUUCACACCAGUUGGGGGAUCGCACAUGGAGGCGGAAGGCCAUGGAUCGAUCCAUAUGGAAGGAUGUGGUGGAGCUGGCGAGGGCCCUUCAUGGGCUGUAGCGCCACUGAUGAUGAUGAUUUGCUUUUUUUUAUGUUUCCGUAUGUGUGACGUAGUGAUUUUGUUUAGCUACACUAGGGAAUCCAAAAUGUUCCCUUUUCCUUGUCAAAUUUGUAUAAAAAUAUUUUUAGGGGGGGUGGGGGAGGGAGUGUACGUGAUUUUUUUUAAAAAAGGAAAAAUUUCAUACUUUUGUGCUUAUUAAUUUGCUGUUAAGCUCAUUUGUAGGUACACGGUACACAGAGUGGGGUUGUCCAAAAUAAAAAGUCUGGGGGACACAAGGUUGGGGGUGGGGGUCGUUUGUUUAAAAUUUUACUUUUUUUGCAUACAUAAUAUAUAGUAACCCUAGCAGUUUUUCUGUUAUUUAUUUUAAACUCAUGUUUUAUUGUUUUUUGUUUUGUGUCUGCAACCCUUUGUCCUCUAACUCUUUUGCUAUGUCAGCAGCAAAGUACAAACAAGUCUUGAGUGGAAGGUUCCACUGGAUCAAAAAAGUUGUAGCCUGUCUGUUGAGCAGGAAUGCAUUAAGUCAUAAUCCAGACAUUAUCAAAAAUGGUUCUGCGAUCUGUAUGUUCAUUAUUAAGAAUACCGUAAUUAUAUUUUUUCUGCCAUUCCACUGUACAUAGUACCUUCCAAUGAGCCACUCUGUUCUGGCUUCUGCAUGCCUUUUUUUUAAAUUGAUAAAUUAUUAAAUAUGUAGACUACAAGUAUAAGUUCAUUUCUGUACUUUAAACAGUAAGUUUAAGCACAGAAUUUAUUUGAGUAAUGCAUUUUAAGAAGUUUUAAAUGAUUUUCUUCUCUUUAAUGGGUUUAAACUCAUCUUUGAUAGAAAGUCUUCUUUCUUUUUCUUUUUUUUUAAAUUUUUGUCACCAAUUUAAGGCUUUUCCUUUUUCUGACAUUCUUCUGUCAUUCCAUGAUUCACCACUCCAUUCUACUUUUUUUUUAAAGCCCUUAAUGUUUUAGUUACAUUUUGAUUUUCCAUGGAUCUUUGGUCAACUGGUGAACCUUGCAUGAUUUUUUCUCUGGAUUUACUCUUAAAGACUUCUCCCAGAGUAAGGUGUAAGUGCAAGACAAAAGAGGUUUUAAGUUAGGAGCAUACCUCAUCUUAGUUUAGGUGCUACCCAAGAUUAAUGAGCCUUAAUUCCCUAAUGCUGCCGGCUAUAGGGCACCAGCUAACUCCCCCCCCCUCCCCUCAUGCCCCUUUCCUGCCAUUAGAAAUUACACCCUCACUAGAGACUAUAUAAUAAUAAUAAAGUUCAUUUCAAAAACACGCUUCAUCCCCAAAGGCUCGAAGCGCGGUACAAAGUCAACACAAAACAAAUCUAUAAUUUACCACAUUUAAAACAAACGCAACAUUACAAAAACUAAUUACAAGCAUACAAUGUCAAAGUCUUUCUAGCCAUUUCAACCAUAAGCAACACAGCCAUUAUGCAUUAACUGGAAAAUAAGGUAGACAAUCAUCCCAGAAGGUGUUUGCAAAAUAGAUGUGUCUUUAAAUCGGUUUUAAAGGACUCCAGUGUCUGGUUGUUUCUGAGAUCGACAGGAAGGGCGUUCCAAAUUGUUGGACCAGCAAAUGCGAAAGUGCGCUUUCCGUAAGUCUCAAGGCAAACACGUGGUGUCGAGAGUUUGCCACUAUCGGAUGAGCGGAGCUCUCUAGUGGGUACAUAAGGCGUCAGCAGCUCUUUCAGAUAGGACGGCGCCAGGUCAUGUAAGCGGCGGUAGCACAAAGUUGCAAUUUUGUACUCUAUGCGAGCAUGACCGGCAGCCAGUGCAACUCUCUCAGAAGUGUUUUUGCAUGGUCGAACUUGCGUUUGCGGAGAACAAUGCGAGCCGCAUUAUUCUGUGCUAUUUGAAACACAAAAAGACCAGGACCUGGACUUCCUUGUCAGAGACCAUAAAAGAAAUAGCCUUUUAAGAAAGCUUUUUAUUGGAAUUCAGAUCUCCACCUUUGCUACCAUUCUUGCCUGAAUAUAUAUUUUUGAGAGAGGAAGCAACAAAAAAAAGAUAAAAGUAUACACACAAAAUAUGUGGGGCUGGGCAUUAAAAACUCAUCCCCAGUUGGAAACAGAUCAUGACACCUGGGCCUAUUCUUGAAAAAGUUAGACGAGGAACUGAGAACAUGAAAAUUUGCAGGCUGCAAUGAAAAAGUCAGAUAACUAAUACAAGUUUGUGGGUAAUUUAGUGCUCAAAUAUCUUGCAGCCUCUAUGUUGAAGAAACUUUGGCAAAACUAAACAUGACCAAUAGACUGGAAAAGAAUGUUAUAUACAACAUGACCAACAAAUUGGAAAAGAAUGUUAUUUACAACAUGACCAACAGCUUGGAAAAGAAUGUUAAAUACCACCCCUGAAGCAGGCCACCUUGAAAAAAGUGAGGAGGAAGCAUUAGGGAAUCAAGUAUUUAAAGACUUUAUAUUUAGAGUUUAGAAGCUAAUAAAUAUCCCUGCCCAUCUCUACUCCUUAAUAUUUAAAGUUUAGAAGCUAAUAAAUAUCCCUGUACAUCUCUACUCUUUUAUAUUUAAAGUUUAGAAGCUAAUAAAUAUCCCUGCCCAUCUCUACUCUUUUAUAUUAUAAGUUUAGAAGCUAACAAAUAUCCCUGCCCAUCUCUACUCUUUUAUAUUUAAAGUUUAGAAGUUAAUAAAUAUCCCUGCCCAUCUCUACUUCUUUGAAUUGCAUAAAAAAAAUAACAACAUAAAUUUUUAAAAUUUAUUUAUGCUCAGAAUUUAAUAAUUUAUUUGCAAUUUCAGUCAUCACAAUAAAAAGAAAACCUUUCUUUUUAAUGCCCAGUUAACCAAUUUUUUUUAAUAGUUUUUUUAUGUUUGAUCUGUCUAUUUAAGUGCUUUCUUAUAUUGAAGGUUAAGCAGAAGAGAAGAUAGAUCAUCAUUGAAUUAUCUCCCAGUAGCCGUUUACAAAAUAUGUGUAUUGUUUUACUUGAAAUUUAAUUUCUGGCAAGCUUCUCUCAGCACAAAAUAUUGAAAUUAAAUGGAUACCUAUCCCCAUAUCUAGAAUCAAUAUAAAAAUUGUAUUGCUUAUCAGCUGGUAAGUGUAGGCUUUAGCUAUAAUUCUUGCUUAAAGCAAAGUUAGCAGUAUCACUGGGAACAUUUUCACGACCGCACCUGCUCUACAACCCACUCUGACAUUUAUGGGGGCCCUAAAUAGGGAGGAAAGUCCUAGAACAAUAGAUAGCAGUCGGAGUUUCUUAUCCGGUCGGUUGCUGUCGUGAAACAUUUUCUCAGUUUUGUGCAGGAUUUGUUUCAAGGAAUCAGUGGUUCAUUAACAUUCCUAACACAUUUUAUUUGAAAUUUGUUGCACACGUAAUGUUGUCAUAUGCGUUCUAAAUUCUAUUCACUGAGUUCUCGAUUUAAAAUAUAAAAGAGCGACAUCCAACAAUUAUGUUGGUGGUGAAAUAUUGAUGAUUGGCUUGAAACUUUUUCAUACAGGAAUAUACAGUUUCAAUAAUCUUUACUUCAUACUAGUUUAUUAAAUCAUUUUCAUCUUCAUUUCAGACUCCCCAAUUUUCAGAAUAUCAUGCUUCACUCAAGAAUUUUUUUAAUUCUUCAUAUUGGUCUUAUUUACUUUUAGCUGUGUAGUUUCUUCCAGGUCAUAAGGAGCAUUUAAUAUGAGACAACCGUGUUGUUAUUUUUUGUUUCUAAGCACUGCUUAACUUCCUGGCUAGAAAAUGCCACGAUGUGGUUCCUGGCGAUGUGGGUCUGGUCUUAAACUGGUUGUGCUAUCCAGUUAUUCUAAUAAUCCCAUCCUUUCUCUCUCUCAACAGGUGUUAUUGUCAAAACUGUUAAACAUGACCGAAGCAGCAGCCGCAAACAACAAGUUUGGUCUUGAUCUCUUCAAGACCAUUUAUGAUGGGAGCAAAGGCAAGAACAAUUUUUUGUCACCAUUCAGCAUCUCCGUAGCCCUGGCCAUGACACAAUUGGGAGCUCGCGAAACAACUGCACAGGCUAUGGCAAAAACAUUGCGAUGGGAGACGGCGGAUGAAACCAAAAUUCAUAAGCAGUUUCAGGCAUAUUUAAAGCUCCUGCAAAAACCAAGUGAUGCUUAUCAACUGUCUACUGGCAAUCGGAUCUACUUGGAGCAAAGCUACCCUAUUUUGGAUGAAUUCAAAAGCCAAACCCAGGAAUGGUAUCUUGCAGGUAAAUUAUGGUUUAAUUUUUGCUUCGCACUUGUUAUUUUCUUAAAAUUUCUGACUAGUGGUGUUCACUACCAGUAAGCAAAAUAUUUUGUUAAUACUUUUUAAAUUAGUCAAUCUCUUAGGUGUUAAAAAAAGAGUUUAUAAAUAGCAAAGAUAAAACAUUUUUUCUUUCUCAAUUUAAAGAUUAGGUGUAGAAUAAUGGUCCUCAAGGCUCCUAAUACAGUGACCCUUUAAUGCAGUUCCUUAAGUUGUGGUGACCCCCAACCAUAAAAUUAUUUUUGUUGCUAGUUCAUAAAUAUGUGGUUUCCCAUGGUCUGUGUAAGGGUCGUCCAACACCCAAAGGGGUCACAACCCACAGGUCGAGAACCGCUGGUCUAAAAGUCAACCAUUAAUUUAUCUUUUUUAAAAUCUUGUUCCAAGUGGUCUCCCUUUUCAAUAAUUGGAAUCUAAGACCUAACAAUUACUUUUUUUUUUUUUAACUUAUGAAAAAAAACUGCUGCAAUCUUUCUUUAAAAACUUUUUUUCACACCUAGAAUCAAUAAUCUGACUUCAAUUGCAUUACACAGUUCACAAAUUUUUAAUAAAAGCAAUUUAAUUGAUAUUAUCUUUGGCGGAAUUCAUUUAAAUUUUCCUUGAAGAAAUUGCAGGCUCAUUAUUUGAAAAACAACAAAGAGUUGUUUAAUUAGUUAAUGAUCAAAAGUGGGUAUUGUUGUUUUUUUAAGUUAAGAAAACUCUAUCACAUAACUCUAGCUGUAAAUAUGCCUCUUAUUGCACAAAAUAUAAAUGUUUAAAGUUCUUUAAAAAGAAGUUGACAACAAAGUUCAUAAGUCAAAUUGAGGUUUAACAUAAUAAAUUUAACUGAUGUUUAAAACAAUAAGUUUAACUGAUGUUUAAAACAAUAAGUCAACUGAUGUUUAAAACAAUACGUUAACUGAUGUUUAAAACAAUAAGUUUAACUGAUGUUUAAAACAAUAAGUCAACUGAUAUUUAAAACUAUUAGUUUAACUAAUGUUUAAAACUAUUAGUUUAACUGAUGUUUAAAACAAUAAGUUUAACUGAUGUUUAAAACAAUAAGUUUAACUGAUAUUUAAAACUAUUAGUUUAACUGAUGUUUAAAACAAUAAGUCAACUGAUAUUUAAAACUAUUAGUUUAACUAAUGUUUAAAACUAUUAGUUUAACUGAUGUUUAAAACAAUAAGUUUAACUGAUGUUUAAAACAAUAAGUUUAACUGAUGUUUAAAACAAUAUAGGAGCCAGAAUGAUCAAUUCAUUGAUCGUGGGCCCUUAAAAUAAAGAAGAAGAAUAAGUCAACUGAUAUUUAAAACUAUUAGUUUAACUGAUGUUUAAAACAAUAAGUUUAACUGAUGUUUAAAACAAUAAGUUUAACUGAUAUUUAAAACUAUUAGUUUAACUAAUGUUUAAAACUAUUAGUUUAACUGAUGUUUAAAGCUAUUAGUUAAACUGAUGUUUAAAACAAUAAGUCAACUGAUGUUUAAAACAAUAAGUUAACUGAUGUUUAAAGCUAUUAGUUAAACUGAUGUUUAAAACAAUAAGUUUAACUGAUGUUUAAAACAAUAAGUUUAACUGAUGUUUAAAACAAUAAGUCAACUGAUAUUUAAAACUAUUAGUUUAACUAAUGUUUAAAACUAUUAGUUUAACUGAUGUUUAAAGCUAUUAGUUAAACUGAUGUUUAAAACAAUAAGUCAACUGAUGUUUAAAACAAUAAGUUAACUGAUGUUUAAAACAAUAAGUAAUAAGUUAACUGAUGUUUAAAACAAUGAGUUAACUGAUGUUUAAAACAAUAAGUCAGCUGAUGUUUAAAAGAAAUGAAACAUUUUAAAAUACAUGUUGUUAUUUUCCUAAUGUUUUCUUUUAGAACCAGUCAAUGCAGACUUUAUCAAUAAUGCUGAUCAAGAAAGAACUAAUAUCAACACUUGGGUAGCUGAGCAAACGCAAAAAAAAAUUAAAGACUUGCUUCCUCCAGGGAUUCUCAACGCUCUUACUCGUAUGGUCCUGGUCAAUGCUGUUUAUUUUAAAGGUAUUCUUAUGCACAAAUAUGUAUAUACAAAGCUUUUCAAAAAUUUGUUUUUCAUAACACAGUGCUAUUACUAUUUAAGUUUUAAUAUUUUGAAGUAACAAAAUUGGCAUUAUAUUUUUUGUUUUUUUAUCUUCAAAUCAUCUUUAGGAUGAAUCUUUUGGCUUUUCAUUCUGCAGUAGUUGAACUUUCCGAUUCUUUUUUUUUUAUCCUCACCCUGCAGGCAAGUGGCACAUGCAGUUCAACGACAAGAACACCCGUCCAUCACCAUUUAAAAUAGCCCCCGGGGAAACAAAAGAUGUUCCUAUGAUGUCUCUCACCUCUGUGUUCCCAUUUGCCCACGAUGAGGAGCUCAAAUUUACAGCUGUUGAGCUUCCUUAUCAAGGAAAAGAGCUCGGCAUGGUCAUCAUUCUUCCCGAUGAAGAUUUUGGUCUUCAGGUAAAACCUUCUCAAACUUCACAGGUGUAUUUUUAAUGAGAGCCACACAAAAUCACUUCUAACUUUUUGUGUAUUAUUUGAGGGGCCCGCGAUCAAUUUGUUGAUUAUUCUGGCUCCUUAACUGAACUAUGCAUACAUAAAAUAUUUUAAAUAUUCAGUUUUGAGCCAGGGGCCCUAUGUUCUUUUUUUCUAAUAUGAGCUAUUUCUUCUUCUUUUUUUCUUGUAUUUGAGGGGCCCACGAUCAAUUUGUUGAUCAUUCUGGCUCCUGAACUGAACUAUGCAUAUAUUUUUUUUUAAGAAUGGUUAAUUAUAAUUUAUUUAUUUUGUUUUUUAUUAGGGCAUAAAGGUUAUCGAAAGGGGUUAUAGAAUGGUUAGUUACUAAAAUAUGUAUUACUGAGAAAAUAACUAUUAUCCAACAAUCUUUAACGUUGUUAGUCAGUUUUAAAUAUUACAAUAACAUCACCUAUAAUUUUACAAAUCUUUCCAAGUUAGGUUUUAGAAAAUACAAGAGCAAAUUUUUUGCCUUAAUAAUUUUUUUACCUUCUUAUGGAUCUUUUUAAUUUUUUGAGUUAGUUUUCUUGUUGAUGGCUACAUGUUCCUAAUUGUCUGCACCUGCCAGACCUCAUGUUUACUUUCUGUUUCUUUAGGAGCUUGUGCAAAAGUUGACUUGGGAAAAGCUGAGCAAGCUCUUUGAGAACCUGGGAAAACCAGGUCUGAAAAUUCAGCUGACCAUGCCUAAGUUUGAGGUAACCAAUUGCAUGACAAAAACUCCUGGCCCGCAGCCCUCUUCUGAUUACCUCCCUUCCUAUCUUUUAUAUAAUAUUCAGAACCUGGCCUUUUCUUUUUAUGUUCUAAUAGACAUUGAUUCUUAUCCAAAGAGGUGCAUUUCCCUGUGUGCCACUCUCUGCUCUAAGAAUAUAUUCAAUAAGUAGGGCCUGAAGCUAAUGCCAUUUAUCUCUAUUAUAUAUAAUUUUAUAUAUGUAUACACUUUCUCUCUCUCUCUAUGUAUAUAUUUUUUUCUCUACACUUUCUGUCCCCCUUUCUCUCUGUAUAUAUAUUUUUUCUAUACACUUUCUCCGUCUCUCUCUCUCUCUCUCUAUACAUAUAUAUUUUUUUAAAUUAUUAACCUUAUGUGUAAUCUAAAUGAAAGUAUGAAAUUUAUCAAAUAUAUUUGCAUGCUUAGACUCAAAAAUGGCUUUUAAUCUUAAAUGAAAUUUAGAAGAAAAAAAACAGAUACCUAUAUUUUCCUAGUCUAUGGAAGUGAUCUCAAAUCAUUGAAGUGACAUAGAAUGAAUGAUUAAUUUCAUUUCUUUUACAGAUUGUUAAUCAGUUUGAAAUUUACAUAAUAUUAUAGUUUAAAUGUUUGCAUUAAGCAGACUAAUCAAAGUAUGGAUGAAGAAGAAGUGUGAAGGAAAAUAGAAAACAAUGAUCCCUGAAUCAGUGGAGCGAGCCGAGCCUUUGAGCAUUUUAGUGAAUAAAAUCAUAACAGUUAUCUUCAUUAUCAGCUUAUAAAUAAACAUUAGUUAAUUAUUUUGUUUGUUUGCCAGAACUCUGAAGUCUAUGAUUUAUUAUAUUUUUUAGGAGUUAAGAAUCAUAUGCCCUCAGUGAGAUACAGACAUUUUUGUAAUGUAUGAAUCUACUCCCCUGUCGGUAUCAAAACCUAGGCUGUAGAUAAUGUUUGGUUGUUGAUUUUAUUUGACCUAAUUAUAUUAAAUUCUCAGAGUCAGAGCUAAUUGGUGAGUUAAUGUCUAAAUGAAGUCUCAGAUAAUUUUUCUUAGACAUUUUGAAAUAGCAAACCAGGCGAGACUUGAACAUCAUGUAAGAAUGAAAAUAUAAUUAUAAGUACUAAGUUUUAUAAAAAUUUGUGUUAUACGGUAACUGAAAGAUCCUAUGACGUACUGCAUCUACGCAUAUGAAUAUUAGUAGCAAAUAUAAGUAUGCUUGAAUUCAAUCUAAUAAAAUGUAAUGAUGCAUAUAAAUACUAAUCUACUAAAUACUAAUUAUACAACUUCAACUUCUACAAAAUCUACAUCACAUCUACCUUCAUAUUAUCUUGUUAAAUACCUUCUUUUUUUUUCUACACAGAUAAGAACUGUUACUUUUAGCAAACUAACAAAUAAGAUAAGAUAAGAUAAGAUAUUUUUUAUUGAUCCAACUAAAUGGAAAUUUUGUUUACGUUCAUUGUACCGGGUACAUAUUUUUUCAGUCCUGAAAAUACUUUUUUGAGUUUUUCAUUGUUCUUGAAAUUAGUCUGUAGAAAGACUUUCAGCGAAUAAUUUUGCGGCAUGAAUAACUAUUGUGUUCUUGAGUGUGAGUUGUAAUUUUGAACAGAGUUGUCUUUUUGUUUGAACAGAAUGAAUGCAGUGAUACUAACUGAUGCUAAAGUUGAUGAUGUCAUGUUUUGUCAUCAGAGUGUUGCUGUGGUCUUUUUAACAUCCGACCUUACAAAAAUUACAGUGCCCAUCGGCUUCUCACUAACCUAAAAAGCUACUGUAGCCUUUCCAGCGUCGGGACAAUUUUUUGUUCUUCGUUAUUAAAAAAUUAUCUACCCGGUACAUAAAACUGUGUAAAGUAGUUCUUGUGCAUAACUGAACAUUGUUUUGCAGUCAUACAGUUCUGUAUUAGCUAAACAGCAUGCCUCACAUGGAGUUCAACCCCAGUGUUGAUUUUUUAACAAUAUCAGUGGCUUAAGUUUAGAAUAAACUGAACUUUUUAUUUUGAUUACAUUACUUCUUUUAAUAUACCGGUAUUUUACUUUCAUUCCUAAUGAAAAAAAAAAAUAAAUGUAAUCUUUUCUGUUUGAUAUAUUGCAUUUCGGUACCGGUAUAAAAAAAUAAUUCUGUUUAAGUGCCCAUAUUUAGGAAUUAUGUGCGCCCCAAAAAGAAUUUUAUCACAUGCAUAAAUAAUAAUGUUGGCCGGUUAUCAGCGGUUUGCAAUUCUUACUGAACUGAAUGACAUGCCCUGCACUCGCUGCGCCAUCUAAAUACAUAUUUCUAUAAUGAAGGAAACCAAUAUCAGCAGCGAUUUCUGCUCUUUUUCGCUCUAAAACCAUGCACCCCCACGCACACAUUUUUUUAGCUGAGGAUACCUUGAGAAUUUCAGAAUUUUUUAAUCAAAUAACUUCCCAAAAAAAAGAAAAAGGAGAGCCCUUGAACUUUGAACCGGUGUCAUUAAAUUUGUGCUGGUAGACAUCUUUUAAAAGCCUCUUUGCUCAUCAGGUGAUCAGCACUUAUAAUUUGAAGUCCCAGCUGACAGCUCUUGGCAUGGGCAAAGCCUUUGGGUCUGGAUCGGCUAACUUUAAAGGAAUUUCAGACCGAUCUGAGUUUUGCAUCUCCGCUUUCCUCUACACCGCUUACAUCCUGGUCACUGAGCAGGGCUCACAGUUCUCUAUGUCCUCUGAUGCAAUCAUGUCCAGAUGUUCCUCGCAAAACGCUAUCCUACCUCCGGUGGUUAAUAUUGACUGCCCAUUCCUGUUUAUAAUCAGACAUCUUGAAGAUAACAGAAUUUUAUUUUUGGGACACAUGAACGACCCUCCAUCUUGAAUAAGUUAAUCAUCCUCUGGGCAACCCCAAAUGCACUCUAUGUAUUUUUGGCAAACAUUAAAAUUGUGUAGAAUAAUAAUUAAUAUCCUCAUUAUUAAGUAGUAAUUUACCCCCAAGAACUUACAACCAUCCUCUCCAGCUUAAUGGUAGUAAAUAUUGAAGAGCUUCAGAAAAUUACUGCAGGAAGAUUCAGGAUUUAAUUGGCAGAAAGAAACAUUAACCCCCACAUACACCCCACCCCCAAAAACCAGUGAGAUUUACUUUUAAAAAAGGACAUUUGGAGAGAAAAAAUGAUUAAAAUAAUUCUAGCAUCCUCAAUGCAGUCCUGUUUUAUAAAAGUUUUUUGUUAGUUUUUUUAAUUAGGAUUUCCUAAAUAUUCUAAUUUAGCAUGAAGCAAUUCUAAAAAAGAGAGAAAUUCUUAUCACCUUUUUACUGGCUUAAAACAAUUGACGCAAAAUUAUUUCAGCAACUAUUUGAUCCAAUUGGCAUAGUCUCAUUUGUGUUUGUUUUUAUCUCUUUUAAAAGGUUUGUUCAUUUUAGCGACACUAAGUGUAUGUGUUAUCUAUUAUAAAAUACUUGCAGCUAAUAUAAUCAUCUACUACCAGUAAGCAAUAUUUCUUAGAAUUUAAAAAAAAAAAAUGUUUUUUACAAAUAUAUCAUCAAAGAUAGCUGAAUCUCUUGGUGUCCUUAAUAACAAUAUAAUUUUAGUCUCAGAUUUCGUGUAGUGACUUAAGUGUAUGAAAUAAAUAGUUUUCUUAACUUAAAAAUAAGUCUUAUUUGAUUCUUUUUUUUCACUCUUUGGCAUUUUAAUUGUGACACAUUUUAGUUACUUAUCAUUUUUUUUUUUUUUAUGCAAAAGUUUUGUUACAAGGCAAGAGAUUCAAAUAUUCUUUGGCUUCCUGCAAAAAUUCUUGGUUACGGUAUUUAUGUUGCCUUUAUUGUGGUUCUUCAAACGAAUUUUUUUUAUUAAUUUCACUUUGUUAAAUCUGUUCAGGCUUAAUUAUGUUUUAAUAUUUAGAUUUAAUUAUAUUUUUUUCCAGCGAUUAAUAACAAGCAAGUCUGAAUAUAAUAAUAUUAAUAAUAGUAAACGCAAAAAUGAAUAAAUAGUCUGUAUUCAGCAAACUAUUUAGGAUGGUGUUCUUGCAUUUAAGGCUUCCAACUGAUGACACCACUCUCUUUGUUGGUGUGCAUUAACUUUUUUUUUAGCCACCGUUCUAGACACUGCUGGGACAAGAUUAUGCUUAAUUUCUGGCUAUUAUUAUUGUCAGGAACAGAGCUUUUACCAGCCGAGCCGUCGACUUAUGUUUAAAUUACCGGUAUCAUUUUAUUAAAACAUAUUUAACAUUUCAGGUUAACUGUCCUUACAUUCUCAAACCUUACCUGUCCCAACUGGGCACGGGGCAAGCAUUCAGCCAGAUGGCAAACUUUAGUGGGAUUUCAGAUGAUUUGCCAGGUGUCCACAUCACAGAUGUGGUUCAUAAGGGUUAUAUAAAAGUUGAUGAAGAAGGAACCACUGCAGCGGCGGUGACAAGUGUGGUGUUGACCAAAAGGAAAAGAACCACAGAGGAUAAAUUGAUAUACUGCGCUGACCACCCUUUACUUUUUUUUAAUAAAAGACAACAGAAGUAGUGAAAUAGUUUUAUUUUUAGGCAACAUUCACACAUUGUCAAGCAGCCUGUUGCUGUGACUACUCGUCCUCUGAUUUCACUAAAAAAUGUUGCUGUGUUUCUUUUGUCAUUGCUGAAGCUGUCAAAACUAUGUGCAUUUAUUUUGUGUAUGCACUCUUUCAUUUUGAUACCCAAUAAUCGAUUUCACUCUGGUUUGUUCUAACUUUAGAAUGCAUGAAAUAGCUUUGCUUUAUUGAACUGGAUCUGUGGUGCUACAAAUAAUAUUUUUGGAGCAUGGAUAUAAUUAAUAUAAACUAAAGUUUUCAAAAUUAAAUUCCCAGAGCUUAAUUUUAGUUUUUAUAAUUUUACAAGAUUUCUUCUAUUUGGAAUUUUUAUGUGGGGAGAUGGAAUGAUUUAAUUCAAUAUUCUUUUACCUAAUUUUACUGUUAAAUCUCAACUUUUAAAAAUGCCAUUCAGCAAUCACAAUUUUAUAAGGAUCAAAUUAAACAUUAUGAAGGAAAUAUUUUUUGUUCACCAGAUAACUGACAGCUUUGACUUGAAAUCCACUCUGGUAUCUCUGGGCAUGGGCGAAGCUUUUGAUGAAUCUGAAAAAAGUGCUAACUUUUCAGGAAUGACAACAAAGCCAGAGCUUUACCUCUCUGCCGUCAUCCACAAAGCUUACGUUAAGGUGAACGAGGAGGGCACCGAGGCUGCCGCCGCUACCGGGGCUGUCAUGAUGAUGCGAUGUGCCAUGCCACUGCCCCCACCAACUGUCAAAGUUGAUCACCCUUUCUUGUUUUUAAUUAGAGAUCUCAGAGCCGAAAGCAGCAUUCUGUUUCUUGGUCAAAUUAGUGACCCUUCAAUUUAAUUGACUGCAGCGCUUCCUUAUCACUAGCAUCUAAAUUUGCAUUAAAUAACUAUGAAUAUUUAUAUUCUUUUGUUCUUUUAUCUAUUAACAUAGUUUAAUUAUUAACUUUAAAAAAUUGCAAAUAAAAGGCCCGCUUUCUAUUUCCAUUACAUUUUUGUCAAAUUUUUUUAUAUUAAAUAAAAACUAUUUACUCUUGGCUCACGAGGACUAAAUGAAUGUAUGACAUUGCACUUAAGGCUGACUAUUCAAGCAUAGUCAUAUCCAUGUGAAGUCAAGACGCACAUAUCAUAAGUCUGUUCAGGUCCAUUUUGAUUAAUAUAGUUAGAAAGUUUAAAAUAAUCUGGGCCAUAAUGGUUUUGUAAAAGUUGAUGAAGAAGGAACCACUGCAGCAGCAGCAGCAGCAACUAGUGUGGGGGGUGUGUGGGGGGGGUGUUGACCAAAAGGAAAAGAAACAAAGAAGAAUAUUUUUUUGUGAUGGUAUUUUAUUAUACAAAAAUAUUGUUUUAAUUUUUGUUUUUAUAAGAACUGUAAUAAUUAUUUUCUUCUGUUUGUUUUUUUACGUACUCUUUCAUUGUUACAAUCUACUUUACUCUGCCUUGUUCCUCCUGUUAAGAGGUUGGAAAUAGCUACGCUUGACUGAAGUUUUUAUAUAGUUCUACAAGUAAUAUUUCUGGAGAACUGCUAUGAAAAAAUAUGUAAUGAAAAUUUUUGAAUUAUAUUUUAGUUUUCACG